GUGCAGUCCGUUCGGCUUAUAGAGCAGAGCCCGGAAUUCUGCAACCGCAAGCAGGCUAAAAAUAAUUUAAUUACAAACCAUAGAGUUGCGAUACAAAAAACAAGUUUAAUAUUUGUGGUGUGAACAACAAUCGAUAAAAGAGCAGUACGCAUCCCAAGCGAGCGCAUCAAGCGAGCCGCCUAAAGCGAAAGGGGGAGGGGUCCUGUCGCCUGCCGUAGCCGUUGCCGUGUGGCCCUUGCCCUUGAUUAAACGUUUUAUUCGGGAAAAUAUAUAAACGCCGCGCUUAAUACCAAAUCAAGUUCUGCUCAUAAUUUUCUUAGCUCUUUUUUGGUUGCCAAAUUGACUUUCGUGCCAAUAUCCUACCCCACUUCCCCUCCCCUGCUGCCCACCCUUAGCUAGUCGACAUAUCGUAAUAUCGUAUAUAUAAUGCCAAUGAACGAAUUGAACACAAUUAAUUGGAUACCAGGACAGGAUAGCGUUCAAUGUCAAGAAACACCCUCGCUGCUGAAGCGCGUCAGCACUGAUAAACUGAGAGAAGUCUUUCUGAAGUACGCCUCGCUGCAGAAGGAUGGCGAGCAUUAUAUGACCAGCGAGGAUUUCGUGCGCAAAUUUCUGGGCCUGUUCACAGACUCGGCGUUCAAUGAUGAAUCGGUGCGCCUGCUCGCCGGCAUUGCGGACACGAGCAAAGAUGGCCUCAUAUCGUUCCCGGAAUUUCAGGCAUUCGAGGGCUUGCUCUGCGCCCCCGAUGCACUCUACAGAACUGCCUUUCAGCUGUUUGAUCGCCAAGGCAAUGGCACUGUUUCAUACGCUGAUUUCGCUGAUGUUGUACAAAAAACUGAACUGCACUCAAAGAUACCUUUUAGCUUAGAUGGCACAUUUAUCAAACGCUACUUUGGUGAUAAGAAGCAGCGUCUUAUCAACUAUGCUGAAUUUACGCAACUGCUGCACGACUUUCACGAGGAGCACGCAAUGGAGGCAUUCCGCAGCAAAGAUCCAGCUGGCACUGGAUUCAUAUCCCCCCUAGACUUUCAGGACAUAAUUGUUAAGGUCAAGCGGCAUUUACUCACGCCCGAUGUCAAGGAUAACUUGCUGGCGGUCACCGAGGGUCACAGAGUUAGCUUUCCGUAUUUCAUGGCAUUUACAUCGCUGCUCAACAACAUGGAGCUGAUCAAGCAGAUUUACCUACAUGCCACCAAGGGAAGUCGCACCGAGAUGGUCACCAAGGAUGAGCUGCUCUAUGCGGCGCAAACCAUGAGCCAGAUUACCCCGCUGGAAAUUGAUAUAUUGUUUCAGAUAACGGGCGCUGUUAAUCAGCCUGGAAGAUGGUGGAAACGCAAAAAGAUUUCUCCAAGUAGCCGCAUCGACUACAGCGACCUGAGCAACAUCGGGCCCGAGCACUAUACGAAGCAUAUUACUCACCGUCUGGCCGAGAUUAAGGCCGUCGACAGCCCCAGUGAUCGAUCGGCAUUGAUUCAAGUGCUGGAGGCCACCUAUCGCUUCACUCUGGCCUCCUUUGCAGGCGCUACUGGCGCCACGGUGGUCUACCCCAUUGAUCUUGUGAAGACGCGCAUGCAGAAUCAGCGCACGGGGUCAAUGAUCGGCGAGGUCGCCUAUAGAAAUUCAUGGGAUUGUUUCAAGAAGGUCAUCCGUCACGAGGGCAUCCUCGGCCUCUAUCGCGGUCUGCUGCCCCAGCUGAUGGGCGUCGCUCCGGAGAAGGCCAUCAAGCUGACUGUCAAUGAUUUCGUGCGCGACAAUCUGUCGGACAAGCGCGGCAAUAUUCCCGUCUGGGGCGAGGUUGUGGCCGGCGCCUGUGGUGGUGCCGCCCAGGUCAUCUUCACAAAUCCGCUGGAGAUAGUCAAAAUCCGACUGCAGGUGGCCGGCGAGAUUGCUGGCGGCUCCAAGAUAAGUGCGCUGUCCGUGGUUCGCGAACUGGGCUUCCUUGGCCUCUACAAAGGGGCCAAAGCGUGCCUGCUACGUGAUGUGAACUUCUCGGCCAUCUAUUUCCCAACCUAUGCACACGUCAAGGCCGCAUUGGCCGAUAAGGAUGGCUACAACAAUCCCGUAUCGCUGCUGGCCGCUGGCGCCAUUGCGGGAGUGCCCGCUGCUUCGCUGGUGACGCCCGCGGAUGUGAUCAAGACGCGCCUGCAGGUGGCCGCCCGCACGGGCCAGACGACGUACACGGGCGUUUGGGAUGCCACCAAAAAGAUUAUGGCCGAAGAGGGACCAAGAGCAUUCUGGAAGGGCACAGCAGCUCGUGUCUUCCGCUCAUCGCCCCAAUUUGGCGUCACCUUGGUCACAUACGAGCUGCUGCAGCGCCUGUUCUACGUGGACUUUGGCGGCAAUCAGCCGAAGGGCUCGCAGGGCACCAAACCAGGUCUGCCCCUGGACGCCACGCUGGGCGCGGAGCAGCCCAAGCCCGAUCACAUUGGUGGCUACCAUGCGGCUGUGCCGCUCCUGACAGGCAUUGAGUCCAAGUUUGGCCUGUACCUGCCGCGAUUCGGACGUGGCGCUGCUGCCGCUGCCCCGGCGGGAACGGCGACGGGCUCAUGAUUAUAUUGGCGGCAUCGCCUGCCGUGCGCCAGUUAGGUCUAAAGUUGUACAGUUGUAGCCAUAUAUGUACAUACAUAUAAUAUAUAUAUAGGCCGAAGGUUGAAGGCGACUCUGGAUCAAAUGUCUAUAUUUUGCUAAGACGCGUUUACACACACAUCCACAAUCAGUCGAGGACAACAUAUAUAGGAUACAGCUCAAUGUCUAUUCUAGAGGAAACUUUUCGUACCAUCAACAUGUUGUACCAAACGUAACAAAACUUUUGAAACAUAUAUAAAUCAUACGGAAUAGAAAACUUUUACAUAUAUAUAUAUAUAAAUUUAUAUAGAUAUGCAAGUAUAUGAUAAUAUAUAACUAACAUCUAUGGCACACAAUUGAAGGCAACUGUUUUACCUACACAUCAAGCGAGCAUACACACAUACAUAUAUUGAAGAAGAAAGUGUAACUUUAACUAGAUGCAUAGUCUAAACUCUAAAUCUAAAUCUAAAUCUAAACAAAAG